AUGGGCACGUAUAUGUGCUUAGGAGGCUAUUUCUCUCGUCGAGCACUGGUCAGGAAGUCACGGGAGGGUUUCGUUAGAGAUCGACUGUACCGCUUAGGACUACCUACGAUUGCAUAUACGGCCAUCGGGGCACCUUUAUGCGCUGGCAUUGUUCGGGCCUGGCAAGGAUAUCCUGUGGGCCUGCACUGGCUCAUCGACUACUGGAGAGAACAGCGCGGUAUUCGUGGGCCGGUGUGGUUCACUGGCACGCUGCUGUGCUUCGAUCUCGGGCUUGUUGCCUAUGACCGGCUGCAGAGCGUUCUCUACACCGACAGUACUGAUGGCCCAUCGCCGUCGAAGAACGACAAGGGGGUCAAUCCCCUCAAGCUAUACGCCUCCAUCGCACUUUGCAGCAUAUCAGACUUCUUCAUCCGAAUAUUCUACCCAGUUGGAGCCGUGGUCAACCCACUGAAAUUACAGCCUGCCUACCUUUCGCAGUAUAUCGCCACGUAUUCGUUAGGAGCCAGCGUCAGCAACCUCGCAGAGGCCAUUCCCUCUCUUCCUACGUCAGCCGGACUUCUGCUCACCAGUCUCGCCAGUGGUUUCGUUCUUUUCCAGGGCCUCAAGAAUGACCCGAGCUCCACCGCACAAAUGGCUGGCGGAUGGAACAACCUCGCAGCAGCAUAUGCUCUAUGGAACAACGCGAAUGGGUACCUUGUUGGAAGUUGCGUAUUAGCUGCUUUCAGGAGAUAUUCGACAACAUCGUGGCGAGCUAUCAACGCAAUGGCGUUUCCUGCAUUCCUUGUGCAUAUGCCAGUCAUCACCCUGCUGGGCAUUGCCACUGACAAGUGGGAGAUGGGACCUGUCGCUAAGACGGCAGUAAUUGGCGCCGCGGGCGUGGUGGGGAGCUGGAUUGUUGGGUAUGCUGCGGAUCGCUUGUGGUUGUGGGCUAAAGGUGUUGUUGUUGGAUUACAAGGUCAAGACAAGUUGCAGAAGUGA